UCUAUUCUUCGCAAUCCACCAUGUUGGCAUUAAUUAUUUGGGAGCACGAUCGCCCCAUCACUGGAAACGUUAUAAACAUGGUGAAUAUUGUAACUCCAAGGAAGGCUAUUUGCGAGUACAGGGAAGGAGAACGAGUGAGUGCGAGAUGCAAGGGAUUUGGCGUACCCGACGGUGUCAUCGGGAAAAUUGCCGAGGAGAGUCAGAGAAAAGACCUCGAAGAUAUCUUGAGGGGCGAAGAAUUUGAGUCUCUUGUGAAGAAAAUUUUGGAUUCGUCAGACGAUGAUGUGGACAUGGUUACACCAGAAACACCAGGAGUUGAGAAUGACCCACAGACAAUUGAACAUCAACCUGCAGCUGCAACAGGGGUAGAAAAGAUUAAGCUCCAUAGACCAAAACCAAGAAGACCAGCAGAAGAGAGAAAAAAGAAUGAGGAAAUGCUGCGAAAGGCAACUGCAGCCGCAGCAGCAGAGCUAGAAUUAACAGAGCUCGGUAGAGAUGUGGAGCUGCAUCAGCUUGAAAAUGAAGCAAGCCUUGAGACAUCAACUUCGAGCCAUUUGAAGAGAGGGCUGGAUACCUUGAUAGAGGAAGAGAUGGAAAUUUCAAGAACAACAGACCAAUGUGCCUGCACAAGCAGAAUACAGAGGUUAGAACAGGAGGUCUGGCAUCUUAACCAGAAGGUCCUCAGUCAGGAAUCCAAUAUUUCCUGGCUGUGGAAUCAAGUGCAGCAACUACAACAGACUCGAGCAACCCCUGUUCACACUGCUCAUGUGUCUGGUAGUGGGAUUCCUCCUGUUGAGAUGGCUCCUCCUGAUCUGGUGGCUCCUAACGAAGUUCCAUCUGCAGUUGAGGCUCCAGAAGAGACCAAUCCUUCCAACAGUACUGAAGAUAGUGCAACAGUGGGGGGAUUCACAGAUAGUCAAUUGGAAUGGAAAUCCUCCCACUGCAGCACUUAUUCUAAAAUGAGUGCUGUGCUGUUCCGGACGCUCUUUCAUGAAGAAGAAUAUGUAGGACGUACAUUAGCGGGUGGAGGAAAUAAACCCCAGGUUGACCCUGUAAAAAUGCAGGCCAUAUACAGAGUGGUGGCUAAAAAGUUCCCUGGAUCAACACCGGUUAUGAUCCGGGAGAAGUUGAGGGACCUGGUUAAACCUUGCAGGGUGAAAAACAGGAGAGCAACACCACAAAAAUAAAUUCGAGAAUCUCUA